AUGUUUCCCUGCCGUCUUCUGUUCUCCCUGGUGUUCGGUUGGACUGCCUUGCGCAGAGUCGCAAGCAUGCCGUUGACCUCGUAUGCGGUUGAACUAGCUACUUGCUAUUCAGCGCAGGAUGUACAAGCUGUCGCAGACCAGUGUGCAGCCAUUUGUCAGCCGGUGCUAGAUGCGCAGGACUGCAACAGAAAUGCUGCCUGCACAUGUUCGACUGCACCCCCAUCGGCGGUGAACACCUGCAUACAAUGUCAUGUUGGCCUGGACAAAGAAGUUCAGCCUCGUGAAAUUGCUCUCCUUAUCCCAUCGCGAUUGAAUGCUUAUUCGCAACUUUGCGGACAAGCACCUGCAAAUCAUGGUUACCCCAUCGUCGAUGCGCUGCCUUCGGUGCAGAAUUCGACGUUAGAUCGCCGAGCGGUGGUGGACAUCCACUGCAUCUACGGUCUCCCUGAUGUGGCCGCAACCGGGAUCACCGUGCUUAUAGAAGGCCAACGGAAGGUGUGGCCACUCUACGCUGUUAUGUUCGUGGUGAUGUUUUACGCGAUUGAACGUUGGCGGAGAUCCUUCAAAUUGUCCUCUAGCAUAUAG